CAGUUUUAAUUAUUGUUUGCAGUUUUGGAUAUCGAUUCUGUUGGCACAUUCACUAUGUGCCAUGAAGCUCUAAAAUAUCUCAAGAAAGGUGGACAAGGAAAGGACUCUUCUGAUAAGGGAGGAGCAAUAAUAAACAUUAGUGCUACCUUGCAUUAUACAGCUUCUUGGUAUCAAAUUCACGUAUCUGCAGCAAAGGCAGCUGUUGAUGCCACUACAAGAAAUUUGGCACUGGAAUGGGGAACAGACUAUGAUAUUAGAGUCAAUGGGAUUGCACCGGGUCCAAUAAGUGGCACUCCUGGCAUGAGUAAACUGGCUCCUGACGAAAUUGGUAGUAAAACCAGAGAUGAAGUGCCUCUAUAUAAACUUGGGGAGAAAUGGGAUAUUGCAAUGGCUGCGCUUUACCUAGUAUCAGAUGCAGGAAAAUUCAUUAAUGGCGACACUAUCAUAGUUGAUGGAGGACUUUGGCUGAGCCGGCCUCGUCAUUUACCGAAAGAGGCAGUGAGGCAGGUAUCCCGAGCAAUAGAAAAAAGAUCCAGAAAUGAACCAGUUGGUGUUCCAAAAAGCAAGCUAUGAGCCAUCAGAUUCAGUAUUAGACCCUCUACACUGCACGGGGUUACUUCUUUAAGCAAUACAAUGAAUAGAGGAUAUGAUCUCAGUUAGGGAUAAAUUGAAAUUAUUACGAACUUGAACUUUCUCCAAAUGUGACAAUUUAAAGUUGCGGUUACAUCCAACAGAAAUAAAAAGGCCGUGGCUAGAUCCCAUGAGUGUACUUUGUGCUAUCUGUGCUUUGCAAGAACUGUAAGAAAAUUCAGCUGUAACUUUGAACUUGAUAUGUGGCUAGUGGCUACACUCUAAUUAAGACAUCCUUAGUCACUUUCAAUUCAU